AUGCAGCCCCGCGAAGACGCUCCUGCCCCCGCUACGCACGCCGAGACCGCCGACACCGCUUCACAGGACGCUCCCGCUUGCAGCCUCCCCUCUCGCUCGACCACGGCCGAAGGAUCGCAGCAGCAGGCGUCGAACCCGGUCGAGAGUCUCGCCAAGCAGGCCGCUCAGCCGGCCAGCGGAUACCCUCAGACCGGCUCGACUGUUGCUUCGCAAGACAUCACGUCCCCCUCUACCUCUCAGUACACCCAGGAGACGCCCGCCGCCGAAGGUCAGGCCGGAACGCAGUCAAGGAGCCAGACUUUCGAGUCGGCCGAGCAGCACCCGUCGCAGCCUGCUGGCAGCCAGCCCUUCACCGGCUCGCAGCGCGACGAAUCCCAGCACACGACUGGUGACGUCGCCAAGCACCCUGGCACCGCCGCUGCCCGCCCUGCUCACCCGGGCGUUGCAGCCGAGGAGAAAGAGGGCGAGAAGCGUGCCGGCGAGAAGACGUCGACUACCACGACCGGCGCCGCUCCCUCUGUCGGCGACAAGAUUGUUGGCGCCACGCAGAAGGCCGUCGGCAAGGUGACGGACGACCCGUCGAAGGUUGCGGAGGGUCAGGCCCGCAAGACGGAGGGAAAGGCUGCCGCCGCCGAGGUUCGCGAAGCUCGCGCUGCUUGA